GAGAGAACAAAGACCCGAGGAAAGAUGAUCACCGAGACUGAGAAGUUUUCGGGGGCGGUGCCUCAGGACGACAGCCACUCCCCCGUCUCCAUGGCAGCAGACGGGGAGCCGGGUCAGGAGGAGGAGCACGAGAACAUGAAGAACCUUCUGAUCAGCACCAGCAACAGCCUGAGCGCCGAGCAGGGAGGAAUGAGGCGCUCCAGGGGCUUCCGCAGUCACGGCAGCGUGAGUCCGUCUCAGAUAUCUGCGGCCAGAGACGACGGCACCAACUCCCAGGACGACGCCACGGACGAGAUCAUGGACCGACUCGUCAAGUCUGUUACCCAGAAUCCCUCAGAUAGACCGUCCAGUCCCAAGUCCCGCAAACGGUCUCGAGUGAACAGGAAGUCAUUGAGGAGGACUCUGAAGAGCGGCCUCAGUCUGGAUGUGGUUCAGGCUCUCGGACUCAACAAGACAGCAGACAAGGUCUGAACGAUCAAUCAUUGAACAUUAUCUACAAGAGACUGAACCCAGACCAGCUGAGUGAGACCGCCGAACGCCACGAGAGAAACAGACCGUGUCCCUGCCUCUGUUUCCUGCACGAGAAGAAGCUCCAUUUUGAUGUGUUUGCUAGUGUGCUCGUUAAUUUAACCGACUUCUUGAAGCUCUUUCACAUGAGUGUUUUACAAAUGUGACACCAAAGAAAUGACAGCAAACAGCCGAGAGAUUUAAGAUUUGGCGUACUCCACAUCGGGACCUUUUAAGAUAAAAUAAGCUUUAAAAAAAAAAUGUUUAACGCUCUAACGUGUUCAAAGUCCUAAAAGUUUAAGUGAGUGUUUGCUGGCACUAAAAAUCUGAAAAAUCACUAAGGUGGUACCGAACGGUUCAACACUUCCCCUGCCACUGCUUGAAUGUGUGUGUGUGUGUGUGUGUGUGUGUGUAUAAAGCGUCUGUGUAUCUGUGUGUGUGUUAUUUUAUUAAAAGUAAUCAGGAUGUACAGUCGUUGGAUGUGAGCACGUAUCGUCUGUACAGUCAACUUGUUGUUGUUGUUUUUUUUUUUGCACUUUAGUUCAGUUUUUUUGUGACUUGUAGUUCAAAUUCUUCUUCACUGGUUUUCAGACACAAACUGUGUGAAGGACGACGACUGUUUUAACUUAAAGGUGAACAUUUUACAGAAAAAAGAACGUAAAGAUCGAAUGUGUUCCUCAUCAAUAAUAAAGGUUUUUAA